AAUGACGGAAGAUGAUACAGAAAACUGUUGAUAAAUAAGAGUGCAACGUACAAUCCUAAUUCGAAAUACAGGCUUCAUUCUAACCCAACCAUAAGUUAUCUCUUUUAAGAAAGUGUAGUGUUAACAAAAAUUAGUAUUAUGAAGUUUAAAUCCGCCAUUAUAGCACUAGCGCUGGUCCUGCCUAUGCAAACCAGAGCUGACACCUGCUCAUCAGAUGAGAUUUCCAGAAUGGAUGUAGCGACAGGUUGCGAUUGUGCCACCAGUUUCCCCGACACCAACUGUGGCGACUGUCCGCUCCAGCCCUGCGGAUCGCCACAAAAGGUGAUCACGCCUAAAGGCAUGCUGAAGACGUGUAGCCACGGAUGCGUCAACUCUAAUGAUGAAUGUGAUGCCUGCUUUCUGUGGUUCAAGAGCCUCUGCAAUUGCAUCAAACGUCUAGAGAACGGGGAUAACACGGAUUGCAUUUCGAGCGACGACCUUUCGCAGGGACCUCCCAACCACCCGAUCUGGAUGCUGCUUAAUUCUAGAACCUUGAUCACGACGACACAGCUCGUGCCUGGGAUCUUAGAAUUAGACCAGGUAAAAGAUUCGGAUGGAGGAUUCCGGCUCGGACAGCAAGUGCUCCAGCAAAAUCUCAAGUUUAGCAGAGUGUAUGGAGCCCUGGCCUUGAACUCAGUCUAUACCAGAAAUGAGGAGCAGAUUCACAUCCACCUGUGUGAUGUCCAGAUGAGCAAGCUUCGUGACUUAUUGUCCUCGUUGAAGCGAAGCGACUAUAACACCCUCAGCUCCGUCACACUGCCCACCACCGAUUUCAAACAUGGCUCGGCCAUGUCUUGUCGGAUAGCAUCGGCUCCAGGUACGAUCAUUGAUGUGGCCCGUGAUCUCAACCACUAUCUACAAUCCACUGUCGCCAAAGCUCCCCAGAGCUGUGAUCAGUAUUAUGUGGGAGCCGGGGUUAUCACCGACUGGUAUGAUCACUCCUGGGCAUGUGUGACCACAGGCACCAGAUCGGCGGAGGAGCUUUUCUGCCAUACAUAGAAAUGCAUGGCCUACAAUGUGAUGAGAAGGGAAUUAUCGAGAACGAUUGUUAAGACACUGGGUAUCUGGUUGGGGUGUAAACGAAAAGUUCGCCAAUAGCUUAGUAAUGGUCUGCCAGCUUGUUAUUAAUGCAUAUCAAAUUGAGACUAUAAUCCGUACCCAAAACGCCGUGACAUAAUUUACUCUGUAAAAUGUCGCGGAUGCACUCUGCUUCCACCCACGAUUAGUAAGGAUCAG